CGCGCGGUUGCUAGGAGCCACGCUCGUAUAUACAGGAGCUUUAACGGCAGAGCAGCACGGGCUCUCCCCCGCCAUUUCCUCGUGUCGAGCCCUGGAAUGUCGAGUAGCGGCUCGGGCUCUUCCUCGCGGAAGGAGUUCGAUGUGAAACAAAUCCUCAGGAUCCGAUGGAGGUGGUUCGGUCACCCCUCGGUCCCUCCGCCUCAGUCCCCGCCGCUGGGAGACUACUUCGCGGGGAGGAGGGCGGGUGGCACCUCCGGAGAUGGACCUUCAGUAAGCGGCUCUAGCACAUCCAAUUCAGCCAGCGCGAACCCUAGCUCCGUGAGUCACAGCGGGCUGGUGGCCAGCGGCAGCGCCGGGUCUAACCUGUGUCACGGUGCCAACAGAAAGUUUGGUGAUCCGCCCGGGAGUCGGGGCGGUCCGGGUGGAGCGGCAGCAGGAGCCACGGGGAGCUCCUGUCCCCGGUCCUUCAGCCAGCCAGAGUGCAGGAGCCCCGCUUCCGCGCUGCCGUGGGUCUCUCCGCCGCCUCAUCGUCGCUCCCGUCCGGGUACGAGCAUGGAGCCUCCCGGAGAGGCUCCGGUGCUGCCGCUGGUACCCGAGCCACCCGUUCCUGUCAGCGUGGAGGAGGAGGCAGCAGCACUGGCAGCUUCGGGCACGGAGGAGAACAAUAACCACCUGGAAACCGACUCCAGCUCCUGCAGGACGUCCAACAGCAGCGCCACACUGUCCUCAUGCGUGUCGAUGGAGCCAUGUGCAUGUCCAGAGGAUUGUAUGUUCACGGCUCUGUCCCACGCCGAUGUCACCUUCCGCAAAAUGGAGGGCUACCUGGGGUCCCGGCAGCUGUGUGAUGUCACACUGGUGGCUGGAGAAAGACGGAUACCUGCACACAGGCUGGUCCUCUCAUCCGUGUCCGACUACUUUGCCGCCAUGUUCACCAGUGAUGUGAGGGAGGCCAAGCAGGACGAGGUGAAGAUGGAAGGAGUGGACCCUGAUGCAUUGUGGGCCCUGGUGCAGUAUGCAUACACAGGCCGUCUGGAGUUGAGGGAGGACACCAUUGAGUCCCUGCUGUCAGCCUCCUGCCUGCUGCAGCUGUCCUCUGUGGUUCAGGCCUGCUGUUCGUUCCUCGUGAAGCAGCUCCAUCCCUCCAACUGUCUGGGUAUCCGCUCCUACGCCGACGCUCAGGGCUGCAACGACCUUCAGAGGGCCGCUCACUCCUACACCAUGGAAAACUUUUUAGAGGUGGUAGGAGGCCAGGAGUUCCUGUUGCUCCCAUUGGACGAGAUGGAGAGGCUGCUCACCUCUGAGGACGUAAAUGUGUCAGACGAGGAAACCGUGGUAACCUCUUUGCUAACAUGGGUUAGUCACGACACCACCACACGAGAGCGCCACCUUCCUUCUCUGUUGGCACACAUCCGACUGCCGCUGCUGCAGCCACAGUUCUUGGCAGACCUGGAGUCCAACCCUCUGCUGCGGGACAGCAUGGAGUGCCAGCGGCUGCUGAUGGAGGGGAUGAAGUAUCACCUCUUGCCUCAGCGGCAGCCCCUGCUGCAGAGCCCCCGUACCCGACCCCGCAAAGCCACUGUGGGGGCCAUGUUCGCUGUGGGGGGCAUGGACGCCACAAAAGGUGCUACCAGUAUCGAGCAGUACUGUCUGCGUCAGGACACGUGGAGGCAGGUGGCCAUCAUGAGUGGACGGAGGCUGCAGUUUGGUGUAGCGGUCCUUGACGGCCGUCUCUACGUGGUGGGGGGCCGAGACGGACUCAAGACCCUCAACACUGUGGAGUGCUACAACCCGCACAGCAAAGCCUGGAGCGUCAUGCCUCCCAUGUCCACACACAGGCAUGGCCUAGGUGUAGCCGUCCUAGAGGGGCCCAUGUAUGCAGUAGGAGGACAUGAUGGCUGGAGCUACCUCAGCACAGUGGAAAGGUGGGACCCCCAAGCUCGCCAGUGGAGCUUUGUUGCAAGUAUGGCUACACCCAGAAGCACAGUGGGAGUAGCUGUACUCAAUGGAAAGCUGUACGCAGUCGGAGGUCGUGACGGCUCAUCCUGCCUGCGAUCAGUGGAAUGUUUCGACCCCCACACCAACAGGUGGAGUGCUUGUGCUCCUAUGGCUAAAAGGCGUGGAGGUGUGGGCGUGGCCACUUGGCACGGCUUCCUGUACGCCAUCGGGGGUCACGAUGCUCCGGCCUCAUCCCUCGCAUCUCGGCUCAGUGACUGUGUAGAGAGGUAUGACCCGCAGACAGAUGUGUGGACGGCAGUUGCCCCCAUGAGCAUCAGCAGAGACGCGGUUGGUGUUUGUCUCCUUGGCGACCGCCUCUACGCUGUGGGCGGUUAUGACGGCCAGGUGUAUCUCAAUACUGUAGAAGCGUACGACCCUCAGACAAACGAAUGGACACAGGUAGCACCUCUGUGUCUGGGAAGGGCAGGAGCAUGCGUGGUGGCCGUCAGACUCUGAAAACACAAACAUCAACACCCUAUGCUAGAUUGUGCAUGUGGCUCUGAGACCCUCAGUGUACCGCUAAUGGUCAAGAAAGCAUCUGCCUGCCAUCGUGUGACCAACGCCGGGAAGUAAGAGACUGAUGACACACUUCGGCGGAGUCAGAUUGAGCUGCCUUUCAUUCAUUUUAAUGUUUAUGUUUGGGUAAGCGUUAAAUCGUGUGUCAGGUUUCUGAAAACGUUUGGGAUUUGAACAUCCUGAUAACAUAUGCCACAGAAGUGAACCGCCAUCGACACCCAUGAUGAAGAGGAAUAUAGUGUUUAUCUGAGCAUGAAGGAACACCUGUCGUCUCGCAGCUUAUUUUCUUGCCUAUUAUUUUGUUCCUGCAGACAAGGCGGGACACACAUGCACAAAAACCUACAUGGUUGCUUUCAGCUUCUAUUUCUGCUGACAGAAAGGUGAGAGAGACAGAGAUAUUGUCAAGAGACUGUUCGCGAGGCCUGAUCCUUUUACGCUCUGGUUUCUCCUAACAAUAUCUGAUGCCGUGCAUUGAUGCUAUUUUAAUAUAGUCCCUAUUAUUUUAUGCUGCAGUCGGCGAGUUGCUCUCCUCUUUCAUUCCGUUUCCUGCCUGCUGACAGAUGAAAGAAAGACUUUUGACAUAAUCAGCACAAGCUUAUGAAGAGCCCUACUGUGAGAAACUGAUGCUGUGUUUCUUUUCAGUCAAAAACAUAUCAUAAUGCUUUUUUUCUAAUAUUUAUGUUUACGUCUUCCAUGUUGCAUCAGCUCACAUCUGGAGCAUACAGUAUACUGUGACAUCUAUUUUAUUGUAGCUUUUCUUACAAUCUACAAUGAUAUCAUAUCCGUUCUCAUAGUUGAGGUCCAUUUAGCACUGCUAUUAGGUUUAUAACCAGAGAAGUAAUAAUAAUACAAGUAACUGUGGCCAUUUGUUGAUCCCAUUUCCCACAGGGUUAGCUAUCUACAAACUUGGUUUCAUUCAGGGUCAGUAUAAGCUCGGUGUGUGUGUGUGUGUUCGUGUACAUGUGUUCUUUCAGAGAUUGCAAGAAGUAUAUUUUCAUCUCAAAAUGAGAAUCUUCCCCCCUCCCCUCUCCACAUCCUCAAUUCCCUGCUGUUUUCUCUUCCUCCCCAUUUUCCCAUUUCGUUGCCACACACACACACACACACACACACACACACACACACACACACACACACACACACACACACACACACACACUACGUUUUAGUGCAGAAUGGAUACCCAGACAAAAUGAACAACACAUCAUAUAAUGAAACCUUGAUCCAGCUGGUGCCAAUGUUUUGUUUGAUGUUGAGUUCAAAGCUAUUAUUAUAUUUGAUGCUGCUCUAUACAAAGUAUAAAAGAGACAAUGUGAAUACUGUGAAACAACCUCAUGUGUUCAUAUUUUUGCCCAUGCUUUUGUGAACUUGCAGGUUCAAUGCUGACACGUGCCACCAGCAUUUUGUGCUGUAUACUUAAUUUUAUAUUUUCUCCAUUAGGCUCAAUGUGUGUGUGUGUGUG